AUGAACGUCGAUGGUCUGCCCCCACAUACCCGUACGCGGAUUCAGAGCUGGUAUGCGAAGCACAAAACGCAAAAGGCGCAUAAAGCAAACAAUACACACAUAAGGGGGUCUAUGAGAGAGAAGACGUGCAUGACGCUAACGCUUCUCGCGCCCGCCGUAAUUGGCACGCUAUUCGUCAUAAUUACCAUAGCAGCAUCACGCGCGAGCAUUGAUGAUAUAACGGGGAGCGCUACUAGCGCAGUAGAUGCCACCUGUCAGAAUGUCCAGAAUAGGGUAGAGGAUGCUGUCAAUAUGCCGCUCACGGCGCAACGGAAACUCGGUCAGCAAGUGCAAGAUACCACGACUAGCGCUAUUAGUGGACUAGAGAGGGUAUUGUUGUUACUACUAAAAGCUAUACCCAUCGUCGUCAUGUUCUUCAUUGACUUCUACCGAUCCCUCCUACUCUGCUUCCUGCAACUGGUCGUGCAGACGGCACUGGCGGCCGUGACGGAGCUGGUAAGGUUGGCUACGAGCGCGAUUGAGGAUGUGGCUCAUAGUAUCGGCGAUCUGGUAUCAAGUGCUUUCGACAGCGCCAACAACGCUAUUGAUACGAUCAAUGAUCUUAUCUCGUGGUCCGGGGAAUCCGUUGGCCACAUAGAGGCGCCUUCCCUCGAUGCGCUCAACAAUUUCGAGAUGCCGGCGAGUGUGCAGGACACACUCAAUGAAGCCAACGAGAAUCUACCAGAUUUGCAAGAUCUUCGCGAUUAUCUGGAAGGAGUCAUCUUGACACCAUUCCAAAAGCUGUCUGAUGAAGUAUCUGACAAGAUCGCCAGCUACAAGAAUACGGCGAGUGCUACCAACGCCGCAGCGACAAAGCAAGAUGCGCACAGGUUUACGUUCUGCUCCGACAUGGAUCUAUCGCUGAUUUCAGACCUCGGCCAUGCGAUCAAGAAGAUGGGGCUGUGGUUGAUAGUAGCUCUCACUCUGUUUACCUUCGUGUACUGUAUCGUCCUGGCUUAUGUCGAGCGCAGGCGCUACCGCCGCAGAAAAGAAAUUAUCGAAGAGUAUGAUUACGGCAGCGACCCAAAGCGACUAGCGGAGCUCAUCAGCAGCCACUCCAACCCGUAUGUCUACAAGUGGACGAGGCGGAUGCCAGCAUUGCGUCGCGAUGGCAUACGAUGGACUGCGCUGGUCGUGUCACAUCCUUACCCCAUAACACUUUUGUCGAUUGGCGCAAUGGGGGCGUUAUCCACAGGCGUACAAUACGCUGUGGUGGAUCGUAUCCAGGAUAGCUUCGUCAGUCGAGCGAGAUCGGCUUACGAUGCCGCCGAGUCGAAACUCAACCAGUCGCUCACCACUGCUACAUAUACGGGCCUGUCCAACACCACAAACGAUGCUAUUGGGAAUAUAGAGAAUGCGAUCAACGACGAUAUAAUUGGAUGGCUGGACGAUGGUAUAGUGCCUAUCAACAACACCCUCACAUCAUUCGAAGAAGGGCUGAACAGCGCUAUCGAGACUGCGUUCAACGGUACCUUCCUCGAAGAUCCUAUCUCCAAUUACGUUCAGUGCAUCGUCGGAUCGAAACUGGAUACACUUGAGAGCGGAUUAACCUGGAUUCACAACAAUGCAAAUGUGAAUAUGUUGAGAGUGCCCGAUGACCUGUUCGAUGUGUCUACAACAAUCGCAAACGCUAUGAACCCGCUGCGCAACACAAUCGUUGGUAAUCGCAGUACUGGGGAGGAAGGCGAGCAUAGUGCAAAAAGCUUGUAUGUCUUAGUUAUAGUUGUCGCAGCAGCAGCGGCAACUGUCUUGGCAAUCAAGCGUCGUCACGAAAUUGAUCCGGAUGACGAAUCGCAGUACGUCAUGCUGCGUGAGGUGGAGGUUGAUAGUACAGAGGCGGGUGCAGGUGGAGACGGUAGCGGUGGAGAGAAGAAUACAGCACUGUCAACGACUGCUGACACAGUGAAUCUGCCAACGGCUGAGCGCACAACAAUUAUCAUACCUUCUCCAGCGUAUUCCAAUCAUGCAUUUUGA